GAACUGCGCCUGACUCACCAGGUCCUGCGGAACCACAGCGGCGCUCCCAAGCGGAAGGGGACGGGGACAGGCCACCGGGCCACCCCCCAGCCCUCGCAGCACCAGGAGAGCAGCUCGGCAGCCCAGCCGGACAGGGGGGGACACAGCCACCGCCCUCCCCCCCGUGGGCCAGCUCGAUCCCGGAACCAGAGGCAGAACGAGCCCCGGAGCGGUGGCCACGGCACCCGGAUGUCCCACAGCCUCUUCGUGGAGCAGCCCCCCGUGCCUCGCCCGGCAGAGCCAGACGUUUGGCUGCUGCACCGGGGGAGCCCCGUCCAGUUCCAUGCCGGGGGGCAGAGCCCGCAGGGUGGGGCGCCCCAGUGGAACCUGUACUACCCCGGCACGGAGACCUUCCACUGCGAGGGAGAGAGCAAGCAGUUCAAGGCCUGCCGGCAGGAGCCCUGCCCGCCCGACCGUCCGGAUUCCCGGGCCAUUCAGUGUGCUGCCUACAACCGCCAGGAGUUCAUGGGCCGGCUUUACCAGUGGGAGCCCUUCACGGACGUGCGGGGCUCCCAGCGCUGCGAGCUGAACUGCCGCCCCAUCGGCUACCGCUUCUACGUGCGCCACACGGAGAAAGUGCAGGACGGCACGCCGUGCGAGGCGGCCUCCCCGGACAUCUGCGUGGCCGGGCAGUGCCUCGCCCCGGGCUGCGACGGGAUCCUGGGCUCGAAUCGCACGCUGGACAGCUGCGGCGUGUGCGGUGGGGACCACACCACCUGCAAGCUGGUGAUCGGCAACUACAGCGACGCGGACGUCCCCAUCGGAUACCACCGCAUCUUGGAGAUCCCAGCCGGAGCCACCCGCAUCCAGGUCAAGGAGAUGACCCGUAGCCCCAACUACCUGGCCCUCCGCAGCCUCAACGGCAAAUCAAUCAUCAAUGGGAACUGGGCAGUGAACCCACCAGGGCGCUAUGAGGCAGCCGGCACCAUCUUUGAAUAUACCCGCCCGGGAAGUGACAGCCGGGAAGGCGAAUCGCUGCGGGCUGAGGGCCCCACCACGGAACCCAUAGAUGUGUAUAUGAUCUUCCAGCAAGACAACCCUGGGGUCAGCUACCAGUUCUUCCUGGCCUCGGCUCCGCCAGAGAGCUCCAGCCACGACCUCCGUAGCCCCCAGCGAGAGUUCGGCGCCUUGACCCUGGUCUCUUCCGGCAACCCAAUGGAGCCCCCCACCAGCCAGAUGCGCCCGGUGCCGGCCGCGGCACGGAACUUCGUCCCGCCUCGCCUCCCGGCGCCGCCCAGCCAAUUGGAAAGGGGUCGCCUCCCAGCGCCCCCCGCUGCCUCGGCCAGCCAACCGGGAAGGAGCCCCGGGACUCUGCAACGGAACGUCCGUGUCCCACCGCUGCCGCCCCCCCCGCCUCCCGCCCAGCACGGGGCCGAAGCCCCCCACGAGUUCGCCUGGCGGCGGGUCGGCAACACGGAGUGCUCCGCCAGCUGUGGGAAGGGUUUCUGGCAGGCGAUACACCGCUGUGUCUCUCGCGUGUCCCGGGAAGAGGUGCCGGAGGAGAAGUGCCGCCACAUCUCCAAGCCCGUGGCAGCCGAUGAAGUCUGCAACACCGAGCCCUGUCCAGCCUACUGGGACACGGCGGAAUGGGCGGCCUGCAGCAAGUCGUGUGGGAUGGGCACCCAGCACCGGCAGGUCCUGUGCCGGCAGACCUACGCCAACCGCAGCACCAUGGUGCACCCGCAGCGCUGCGGGCACCUGGAGAAGCCCAACACCACCCAGGCCUGCCAGGUGCAGGUGUGCAGCCACUGGGAGGUCCGCACCAACUGGAGCUCGUGCUCGGUUCUGUGUGGCACUGGCCAUCGGACCCGCCACGUCCGCUGUGUGAGCAACCAAGGGGACCUGCUGCACGACGGCGACUGCCCACGCAACCACCGGCCGAAAACCAGCGAGGCCUGCAACAUGGGACCUUGUGUCCGCACCUGGUUCUUCAGUGACUGGAGUAACACAUGCUCAGCCGAGUGUGGGACUGGGAUCCAGCGCCGGUCCGUGCUCUGCCUCUCCAGCAACGCUAACGGGCAGGAGGAGGAGAACUGCGCCGGCACCAAGCCUGCGGACAUGCGGGCGUGCAAUGGCGGCCCCUGCCAGCGGGUGGCCCGGUGGUACCAGGGGCCCUGGAGCCCGUGCUCGUCCGACUGCGGCACCGGCACCCAAAGGCGUGACAUCAUCUGUGUCAGCAAGCUGGGGGCAGAUUUCAACGUGACGGAGGUCUCGGAGUGCGCCCACCUGGAGAAGCCGCCUUCCCUCCAGCCCUGCGUCGGCACCCUGUGCGAAGCCCGCUGGUUCACCACUGCCUGGAGUGCCUGCUCCAGGUCUUGCGUGGGCGGCGUCCAGGCGAGGGAGGUGCAGUGCCUGACCCAGAACAAGACCCUGAGCAGCCUCUGCCCACCGGACCUCAAGCCGGCCAAGAAGCGCCCCUGCAACGUGCAGCCCUGCCUCCCGGAGCUCGACGAGAACUGCAGGGAUAAAUACCACAACUGCCCCGUGAUCGUCCAAGCUCGCCUGUGUGUCUACUCAUACUACAAGGCCGUUUGCUGUGCGUCCUGCACUCACGCCUUGGAGAGGCGCCACGCUGGACCGAGCCGGUAGCCCCGGCUGACGUCGGGCAGGUGGGACCCUGAGCUCGCCCCUCGCUUGGAUUUGGGGGCACGCUGGACGGGGCUCGCAGCGCAGCGGAGCCGCUCUGGUCAUCUGCAGUCCUCCCGCACCACCACGGUGGCCGUGGACCAGAAGAAAGAUCUAGGUACUCCCAGAGCAACCGAGGACUGGGCGGGAUUCAAACGCAAGACCACGAGGCCCUCGCUCACGUCCCGCACUGCACUUUCCCCGUGGGGAAGUAUCCUGCACUGCAUGAAGCGUUUCUGGGGAGUAUCCGCCCCCACGGAGGACUGAGUGAGAGCAGUGGAGUUGUCCUACACAUGCAGUUUAUUUUAGACUUGGUCCCCUGAGGGUCAGGGUGACCAUUGGCCAUUUGGGACUCGAGGGAAAUGUUUCUGGCAGGGGCCCACAGAUGGCUCCCCAGUUUGAUUUUGGCUGAGUGGUGCAGAAGUUGGACAGUGCACAGGGAUCUGGGGGACUCUGCGUCUAGCACUGGAUCCCCGUCUCACUUCCUGAAGAUGCGCAUCACUAAGACCUUUGCCCCAUUCCGGCACCCAGCUCCAAGCACGCUCCCAGGGGCUUGCCUGGCUCACAGCUGCAAAUGAGCAGGCAUUUCCCCGGCAUCAGCUUAAUCCCACGUCAGCCUGACAAGCGCUGCCUGGAGACACAGGCCACGGACCCAACGGCUGUGCAGCCGCAGCGGCUGCUUCUCCACUGCACUUGGAAGCCCUUCCUGUUGUGUAGGCACAACAGCCACAGGCGUGCGGGACAGCACGUGAUGGUGGCAUUCAAGACGAGGCGCCCAGGCUGAGCCACCUGCAUCCUGCGGGCCAGGAAGGGAACGUGUCGGAGGAGCGGAGGAUCCUGGUCUGAGGAAGCCCGGCUCGACGUCUGCCGACAAAGAGCACAGCCCUGUAAAAGAGUUGGCAAGUUGCAUUUCUGCAAGUGGGGAGCCUCUCAUUUCUCGCUUGCCAGCUCAGAACCACGUGGACUCCUGGCCACUUGCUGGAUGGGAAAGGUGGAAGUGGCCAGUCAUUUACAGCUGUUUUGCUGCAGGGUUGCCAAUUAUUCUUCCUGCUUGUGCUCCUGCGUCAUUAACAGCUGCAGGGCUGGCAAGCAUCUGCUCUUUGGCUGUCUACAGGCCUCAGAGGGACCUUCACGUGUUGAAUUUCUGUCCGUCAUGCAGCCAUUAAGCUUGUAGGAGUCCAUUCUGUGUGUGUGUGUGAGAGAGUGAGCGAGCGAGCGAGCGAGCGAGAGAUUGAUUUGCAAGUACCCCAAAAUAACCCCUUCCUUCUGAAACAAUGGUGCUUCAAUGAAGAGAAUCUGGUGGGCGUUAAGGAAUCAGUGAAGUUUUGCAUUACUGUUCUUGGAGAGGGGUGUCCUUUCCCUAAACACACGUAGCUCAGGAUUAAUAUUUCCACCUUUCGUGCUCUGGCAGGACUCCUCUGCCUUUCCAUAGUAGAAAUUCAACAGGUGGAGACUUCUCUGCAUUGUUAUAUCUUCUGGCAGCAGUAACCACACACUUUGUGAAAUAUUUAGCCCCCCCAGCUGUUUUUAGCCUGGUAAAGAGUCAGGAGCAAUGGCUGAAGAAAAAGUGGCGCCCUUGGUGUUUUUUGACAGAUUGGCUGGUUGAAUAGACCCAAGUCUGAGAGGCGAAAAGGCAGCCAUGGGGAAGGUGCCAGCCAGUGCUGACCCCAAAGGAGCCCCUGCGUCUUCUGAAAGGCCUGAAGGAGGAAAGUUCCCCCUUGAAGUGGGAGAACAGCUUACUGGCUCCUGGGAAGGUGGUUCUGCCCUGAUGCAGCUCGUGCUGCCUGGCACUUCGAAUGUUGUGUGCAGUUCUGGUUGCCACACCUAAAACGUUGGGAAAAGCGCACAGAAAGGUAACUAAGGGGUGGGGAUGAUUCCUCCCCAGUGAAGAAAGGUUACGGCAUCCUAGGAUUGUUUAGCUCAGGAAAACGGUAAGAGGAGAUGUGAUAGAGGUGUGCAGAAUUAUGCCUGGUGUGGAGAGAUUGGAAGAGGAGGCCUUUUUCCUGCCUUCUCAUAGUCCCAAUCCCAGCAGAGGCAUCCCGUGAAGCUGAUGGGUGGAGAUUCGGGACAGAUCCAAGGAAGGAUCUCUUCACAUGCCACAUAGUUCAGCUGUGCAACGCACCUCCAUGAGAUGCAGAAAGGGGACUAGACCAGUUCCCGGAGGAAGCCCUCCGUGGCUGCUGCUGCUGCCCCCGUGCUGGGCACGGCAUCGGAGGCACGGUGCCUGUGCGCACUGGUUGCUGGGAAAAUUGGGAAGGAGGGGGACGUCUGCGGAAUCCUGUGGGCAACGGCUUGGCUACGGCGUGAACAAGUAGCUGGACGAGGUGGGCCCCGGGUGCGAGCUGGCAUGACUCCCCUUACAUUUUUCUAUUCCGUGCCCUCCGUAACCUCUGGAUUUGGCACUUCCCUGAAUCGCAACAGCAGAACAAGGAGCAAAACAAAACAAAGGCAUUUAUAUUAAAAGCAUUUUAUUAAAAUGGUUCAGAGCGUUCAGAUUAUAUAUAUAUAUAUAUAUAUAUAAAUAUAUAUAAAAUAUAUAUUAUAUAUAAAUCUCUAUGAUAAAGCUGAAUGUAUCUAGGUUUGUCUUGUUCUCUGCCCACUGCCUUUUUCUGGUCCAAAUCUAAUUUAUUUUUAUUAAAGAUUAUUUGAUGGUCA